AUGAAUUACAGGCUCAUUGGCGCCGUGCUGGUGGUCUCGGCCCUGAUGAUCGAGGCAGGCUACCUGAUGUACUCGUCCCACGGAGAGACAUCCACCUUAGCCCAGGACUCGAAGGAACAAUCAGACAAGUCAGAGUCAGCCCACGACGUUCCUUGCAGUCGGCUGACGUUCGUUCCUCAGGGAGCAAGCCCCAAGGACCGCUGCUUGGAGAUCGAAACACACAUUCGUGGCCUGGAAAACAAGCUUGCGGCAUGUCAAACCCCCGCUGAGGGACCUGAGGCUCCGGCUGAGGGAGGGCCUGCGCGCGUCGCCGCACUGGAAGACGCUUUGCGCGACGCUGAUCGCCUCAAGCUGGAGCUGCAACAGAAGACCGCCGAAUCCGAGCAGAGUGCAGCGCGUGUGAAACAGCUCGAGCAAGCUCUCGCCGAAAGCAGCGCUCGAGACGCCGAACGCAUCCGAGAACUCGAGAGCAAAUUGCAGACCCUCGAAACGCCAAAGCUCUGUCCGACCUGUCCGACUUGCCCCACCGGCCCUGACGCCGUCUCCCCCGAGACGCGAGACCCUUUCCCCGACGUGCUCUACGCUGCACUAGACUCGUUGGACGAUGACGAGGUGAAUCACUUGGGAACGAUCAUGGACCGACCGCGCGAUGCUCGUUGCGCCACCACACUCUUCGAACGAUCAGACGUGGCAAUCGAGUCGGAGAUGCUGUGCGUCAACGCCAUCUUUUAUCCACACGGCCGUGGUCGCAGCGGCAUUCGGACAGACUCACGGCCAAGUCCUCAUGUUGAGCCGGCCGUCCCAUCUCGUUGGGAUUAUGCCGAAAGCAAAGACAAGCUGCUCCAGCGCUUUGUGGCCCGCGCUCGCGAAAUGUCCAUCCCUAAUCCGCAGGCGCCCUUGAGAACCAUGUCACAGAUGAUGUGCGAUCCGUUUGUCGCGCGCCCACCUCGCGUUGCAUUCAUAGUGUCGGGAGCCUUCCGCGCUCUUUUUCACCCACUCGUCCACCAGUCUCUGCGUCAGUAUGUGAUGGACGCCUUUGGCGGUAUUAGCACUGCAUUCUUUGUGCUGAAGGAGUUUGAUGACAGUCCCUACUCGUCGGAAGUCGUGCCGCCCACCGAGGAGAAUCUGCACGCUGUGCUCAAGCAGUUUGCCAACAGCGGCAUCACCAUUGGCUCUGUGCGCAUCCAGCUCCAGUCGGAAUCUGCCAUAGAGGCAAUGCUGGCGGCACACCAGGCCCGCAAUGCACGAAACGAGUUUCCGAAGUAUCGCCUCGUCGUUGAGCUGAUGCGGCCGCUGAUUUGGAGCACAAAGUGCCACUUUGCGCCGUCUUCCUGGCUUGCCGAUCCAAAUCAUCUGCCGCGUUUUGUGGGACAGUUCACAGACAUUCACGAUUGCUACCACACGGCGCUAGAUUACGAACGGGAGACGGACCAAAAGUUUGACUGGUUUGUGCGGGUGCGCGCUGAUACUCCGUUCUUCAUGCCAAUCGAGCCGUUCUGUCGCUACACACGACACAGCAUUCAUAUCCCGUGGCAGGUAGAUCAGUUUGUACUUGCGCCACGAGAGUUUGCCAGCAGCUUUUUCGACAUCAUCGACCACCGAUAUUGGAAUUGUACCUUCCCGGAAGGUGUCAUUCACGAAUUUGACUCGGAAGCACUGACAAUGAGCUCGUUUAGAGCUCACCAACUCCAAGUGCACAUGCAUUACUCUUUCGUCUUCGGCAUAAUGCGAAGCACCGGUGUGGCCACCAUGAAAAGUUUUUACUCCGAGGACCUGUACCACAACAGUGCACCACCUGUUCAUGCCAGUGCCGUUGUUGCUGCUUUGGGUGCCUAUGUGUAG